AUAAGGUCCUGUCUGCUGGGAUGAAGACGUACGAGGUGCCUCCAGAUUACAGCGGUAAGUAUAAGGUCCUGUCUGCUGGGAUGAAGACGUACGAGGUGCCUCCAGAUUACAGCGGUAAGUAUAAGGUCCUGUCUGCUGGGAUGAAGACGUACGAGGUGCCUCCAGAUUACAGCGGUAAGUAUAAGGUCCUGUCUGCUGGGAUGAAGACGUACGAGGUGCCUCCAGAUUACAGCGGUAAGUAUAAGGUCCUGUCUGCUGGGAUGAAGACGUACGAGGUGCCUCCAGAUUACAGCGAGGUUGUGCUACCUGAAAGACCCAAGCUGAAGUUUCUGAACAAGGUGCCUAACUUGAAGAAGGCGAGGAAAGAGAUGAAGAAGCUGAGAGACAUCCAGGGACCGGCUCAGACAGCCAACACCUUCACCAAGGGACAGUACGGCAUCGUGGCGCUGGGCGGAGGCUACCUUCACUUCGGUCACAUGGAGAUGAUGCGUCUGACCAUCAACAGGAGGAUGGACCCUCGCACCACCUUCGCCCGCUGGCGUAUCAACGCUCCCUACAAGCCCAUCACCAGGAAGGGCCUGGGCCAGAGGAUGGGAGGAGGGAAAGGGAGCAUAGACCACUACGUCACGCCGGUGAAGUACGGACGGAUGAUCGUGGAGAUCGGGGGACGGCUGGAACUGGGCGAGGUGGAGCCUAUCCUCAAGGAAGUGGCCAAGAAACUGCCCUUCCUUGCCAAGGUAGUGUCCAGAGAGAGCCUGGCAGCCAUGCAGCAGGAGCAGCACUAUGCCUCAUCCUGUCCUUGUGUAACCUCUGACCCCUCUCUCUCCACCAGGUAGUGUCCAGAGAGAGCCUGGCAGCCAUGCAGCAGGAGCACUAUGCCUCAUCCUGUCCUUGUGUAACCUCUGACCCCUCUCUCUCCACCAGGUAGUGUCCAGAGAGAGCCUGACAGCCAUGCAGCAGGAGCAGCACUAUGCCUCAUCCUGUCCUUGUGUAACCUCUGACCCCUCUCUCUCCACCAGGUAGUGUCCAGAGAGAGCCUGACAGCCAUGCAGCAGGAGCACUAUACCUCAUCCUGUCCUUGUGUAACCUCUGACCCCUCUCUCUCCACCAGGUAGUGUCCAGAGAGAGCCUGGCAGCCAUGCAGCAGCAGCACUAUGCCUCAUCCUGUCCUUGUGUAACCUCUGACCCCUCUCUCUCCACCAGGUAGUGUCCAGAGAGAGCCUGACAGCCAUGCAGCAGGAGCACUAUGCCUCAUCCUGUCCUUGUGUAACCUCUGACCCCUCUCUCUCCACCAGGUAGUGUCCAGAGAGAGCCUGACAGCCAUGCAGCAGGAGCACUAUACCUCAUCCUGUCCUUGUGUAACCUCUGACCCCUCUCUCUCCACCAGGUAGUGUCCAGAGAGAGCCUGGCAGCCAUGCAGCAGGAGCACUAUACCUCAUCCUGUCCUUGUGUAACCUCUGACCCCUCUCUCUCCACCAGGUAGUGUCCAGAGAGAGCCUGGCAGCCAUGCAGCAGGAGCAGCAGGACAUGGAGCAGAA